ACAUAUUCUCAAUUUCUUAAAACAGCACAGCCAAUGACACCAUUUCCAGCUAUUCAGGGAUGUUCCGCAACCACGGAUCACGGCAACUGUAUCUUAACUGUAGAUUCAACAGAAGAAAUAACAUGCAAUGCAAAUAGAUAUUAUCCAGACAUCGAUCUGUACUUCCAGCUGGGAUCAGAGAACGUCGCAAUCCCCGUCACACAUAUCUGGAACAAUACCGACGGUACGAGAAACAAAAGUGUGACAAUCGUCGGACAUAUAAGUAAUGAAGUUUAUAUCUGCGUCGCUACUGAGAUUCCUGGAGUGAAUGGUAACAGAUCAACAUCAGUCCGAUUGAUUGGACAAAAUGCAUCACUUAAUCCAGCGGCAUUCAUUGUCCCUAUUGUCUUGACCCUUUUUAUUACAACAGGAAUGCUCACAAUGACUGUCUUCUAUAGGCGCCGUAAAACUCCCAACGUAAAAGAUCUUGUUUCUUAUGUGGAACUGUGGAAGCUUGUCGAACUUGCAUUCAUGUAUAAAGAAACUGACCAACUAGACAAGGUUGUAACAGCUCUGUGCAAUAAUGAACGAGAAAGUCUAGGGGUAGUCAAGGAUGCACAUUAUUACUACACCCAUCUCUGUACAUGGAAAGAAACAACUACGAAGAAACGGCAGAGAAAAGUAUUAAAAGAAAAACUCCACAGCAAGAACGCAGAGAAGACUUUGUGGGGUUUACGAGAUUAUCGAAAAAUGAAGUCGGCAGUAAUUGAAUGGUUUGACUUAAAACACGUAUUGAAUGAAAUCGGUGAACGUGAGAAAAUCACUAAGUUCCUCGAAUCCCUUGGGAUAGAUCAUUCAAACAUAAGAGGAACGGCAGAAACAUCACCGAAGACAUUUAUUCAACAGGCAGUGGGUUUACUACAGGCAUGGAACACCGACUUUCACAGCAUCAAUCCUGUCAUCAUCUUGAGUUCUAUAUUGGAGAAAUUGAAUCAUGAUUCUGCGAAUAAAUUUUUCAUUGUACCUCGUGACAAGAAACAAGUUUUAGAAGACAGCGAGAGGACAAAAUAUAGCAGAGAUUUCUCAAAAAAGCAUGUUGACAUGCUUUCCACCAUUAUAAAAAAUGUCAGAGGUGAUAACAAGCCACUACACAACAUGAAAGUCUUAAGAGACAACCCUGAAGUCCUUUUUAACACCGAGAUAAUGCUUCGUGAUUGGUGGAAUAAACAGCAGUACAGCUAUUACAGAAGGAGAUGUAUACUAGAUGGUGCAGUCACCGUACAUAGUGUACAAACAAAUGCGACGGAAGAUAUUAAACUUAAAAUCUCCGAAGCAUGCCUAGUAACUGAUCAGUGGCCAUCCAACGACGAAUUGAAGCUCAUUGCUGAUCACAUUGAUAACAAAUAUACCAAACAUAUUCGGGAACGUCUUGAACUGACCAAUCUAUCUCAGAAUUCAAAUAGAAACGAUGUAUUUGACGCUUUAUGCGCUUGGAGACAAUCAAUGAAAGAGGACUUUCCGACGAUGUAUAGGAUGCUGCUAUCUGCUCUAAAGGACACGAAUGUUUCUGGCUUACUUUCACCCCUGAAGAUGGAUGACAUUCAAAGGGCUGAGUACGUAGAGAUAGCAUUCAAUCUACUCAUGACUGAUAUCCUUCCAGUAGUCAGCCAUCUUGGAAUCAAUGAAACGAAGUUGUCGUCAUACAGACCAGCAUUCGAGCCGUCUCAUCUCCAGGAAGGGACAAUUGGGCUCGUUUCAACCUUAAUAACGUUUUUGGAUAAGAAUAAACAGAGAGAGGACUUGUGCAGAAAGCUCAAAGAGGGGGGAUUCCCUUCCAGCAUUCAACUGAAUAUAAUUGCCCAUCAAAUGUCUUACGGAGAACUUUCGGCAAUGUUCACAUCACCGACAAGAUGUAAGACGAGUGCUGAUGAAAAGACAGAAGCCACACAACAUGAACCUCAAGAAGGAGAUUCCUUGCUGGCUCAAGAAGAAAUCCAAGCCCCUGACACGACCACUACACCUGUGAAGCCUAAAGUUACGAAGGCCGCAGAGUCCACGAAAGGUUUCAGCCGUAUCAAGAACAUUCUACGCAGCAACUCGUCAAAACAGAGCCCCGAUACCACACAACAAGAGAAGAAAUCAAAGGAAGGAGGCACUUCCCUAGGUGAAUCAACAACAAAAACCUCGUUGGAUACAGCCAUAGCGAUGGAAUCGUUUGUCGUAAAAGUCGCAGAAGCUUUGCCAGUCGCCAAAGAAAGAGCAACCACCCUAAAUGACACAACAUUUCCUAUUGAACCUUGUGUCGGAACAUUUGAAGCUAGUCGGCAUCUCAGCGAGAUCAUGAAGACACUAAACUUGUCAGUUGAAGAUGUUAGCUCCUCAGUGGACAACAAUCCGGAUGAGUUCACACUGUUCAAGAUGUGGAAAGAUAAAACACGUUUUUCUGCCGUCAGUGAACGAGCAUCAGUUAUAAAAUGUCUGCAGGACUCGGGGAAAUGUGAACUGGCGAGAUCAGUAAUCGAAGGCAAAUUCGUACCAGAAGAGGUCAACCUCUCAUUCGUCAAACACAUUGCCAAGAAGGCGAAAGCCAACAACCAGUUGAAAGAGAUAGCUGAGGCGUUUGGUAUUGAGAAAGGCUUUGAAGAAAGUCAAGGUUCGGAUGAUGCUAUUAGUGAGACCAUUUGGAACAGACUUCGAUCCACCAAAAUGUGGAAAGUGGUAAAAGAUGGUAAAAGUCAGAUGGUACAAAGCCAAGCUCUUAUUGUCAAUCAAGCCGACGAACUUGUAGAAUAUGGAUUUCUGGACUUUGCUCGGGAACUUCUAAUCAUAUACCAGCAUAAAAAAAAAAUUAAUGCAAAAUGAGAUUCUUUAUUUAUUCAUCAGUCCUAAAUCCAGAAUGGCCGCUGUGGCCACCAGAGACGACAAGGACAAUUAAAGUACUUGAUAAGCCUUGUCAUCGGGAAAAGUUUUGAAUUCUGGAAAGAACAAUGUAGACGGUGGUGUUCCCCCGACUUUUACAAUUGUUUAGAAACAAAAUGCACGCCUUACACAUGUAGGCCUACACAAAAUAUAUGCAUAACAUAAAGAUGUUUAACAUACGGUUUCGUAUAAAAAGGACAGAAUUGAACGCAAAAUUAGUAAUGGAUCUUUGAUUUACAUCACCUGGGGCCCGUUGCAUAAAACUUUUGACAUAAUUUUUUUUUUUUUUGCCAGAGUUUUUUUUUAUAGCAAAAGUUUUAUCCAAAGGGCUCCUGAUAGAGCAAUAUAAAGGUAUUAAGUUAUUUUUCUGAAAAAGGGGACUAUUCAAUGGAAACGAUUGAUUAUACGCAUAGUAGGCAACUCACUUUAAAUUGGUUUAAAAAAAAGAUUCAUUACACAUAUGGUUACUCAUUUUAGAAUUGCUAUAGUCUGACAUUGAUGGCAUUCAUAGUAAUGGGGAAUUUUCCUUUAUGUUUCAUUUUAUUUUUAUGAUUCAAUGGUCUGGAUUGUUUAAUCAUUUGAUAUUUCUGUAUCUCUUCGUAAAAAAAAAUAAACAAGGGCUCUCUUUGUGGUUUGUAUUUUAGUGCAGUUUAAGUAAGUAUUCAUUAUACCAUUAAAAAUGAGCCUGUACAAAGACAAGUAUAAAUAUAUAUUAAUGGAUAUUUGCAACAAAUAUUAGCAUAAAGUGUUGACGCUACGUAUGUAGUUUGCCAUUGCACUUGGAUUUUGAUUCAUGAUAUUUGAAGACGUACUGUUGUAAUCAUUUGUUUACAGUUCCCAUAAUGCUUGUAAUGAUGUGAAAUUGGCAAUGGAUUUAUUGAAUGCAAAUAGAACCUAGUAGUUUGCCAUUGCACUUGGAUUUUGAUUCAUGAUAUUUGAAGACGUUCAGUUGUAAUUAUUUGUUUACAGUUCCCAUAAUGCUUGUAAUGAUGUGAAAUUGGCAAUGGAUUUAUUUAAUAUAAAUAGAACAUUGUACGAAUAAUGUCAUAUACACUUUGAUCUCUUACACAUCUUAUUCUUAUGAAAAAAUGUUAUUUUCAUAUCGCAGUCAGUCUUGUAUAUUCUUUACCGGAAAUAUGAAAUAAUAAAAUCUGAAAUCUUCAAGUGAAUAGUAUAAUUAUCUGAAAUAAUGUAAACUUCUUUGUAUGUUUUAAGAUAAUUGAGUAAAAAGAUUGAAAUUCACGUAAGAAAGAUUUACGGGUAUCAUAAUAAGUGAGGAAAAAGAUAUUCCAAUGGGUAUAUUUCAUGUUUAUUGACUUGUUAUCAAGAGUAAUUUCAAACUUCAUAUUUUCAGAGAGGGAUUUCUUAAAGGAAGAUAAAUAUUUCCCAUUUAUUAUAAUAUUUUAUUAAUAUGUGUAUAUCCCUAUUAAUUUUCCCCUUUUUUGAAGUAUAAUGCUAUUUGCUAUCGUCAUAUAUUUCAAACUGAAAGAUGUUAUUUGGUUCGGAUGCUUUCCUUCAAACGUUACUAAAAGAUAUCUCAAAGUAAUAUAAAUAGCAGGGCCCACAAAGAGGACAGUUUUCGGAACUGAUGUGACUACUCUGGGUAAAUAUAUCGUUAUCAUUAUUAUCAUUAUUAAUUAGUCUGUAAUUUGAUGUAUUACCAAUUUAAACUUUUUAUGUAAUCACAGUAAUCAAGCAAUUGUAUUUCCCCUUUGUUUUUCAUACAUCAUGUAAAUAUUAUACAUCUAGUUUUGUAGUAUCAUGGUCAAUAAAAAAGAUUUGUUUU